GCAUGGCGUAUUACAAUUUGUAGCACAAACGUCUGUCACGAGCUCACGACCCUUUGUGGGGGUAGAUUAUUCGUAGUUUAGAUUGUUACAAGGCAGAUACCGGGCACUUUCAUUUUGUUACGAAAAAUUUGCCUACUUUUUCCUUCACAAACAAAUCUUACAAUUGAUUAAAGUAGAUGAAAGACAGAAAUCAGUGAAUGCAAAAUUAAUUUAUAUUUUAGGAAUUUUUAUAGAGCACCAUUGAAUAUCGUGGAAUAAAGGCGAUCGUUAACCUCUUUAUUCAAUCAACAAGUGAUAAGUCGCCUUAUUAAGCCUUAGUGUUAAAAUCGAAACUGUAAAUAUGUCGGACAACUUUAGAGCCAGAGAUAUUGCUCUGAAAGCUCAAAAAAAAAUACUUAGUAGAAUGUCAACUAAAGGGGUAGCAAAGGUUUUUGUUGAUGAUAGAAUGGGUUCCCUUCUGGACAAUGUAUACAGGCUCUGCAAAACCUACACACAAAACAAGAAAGAAUCUGAGAAGAUUGUUAAAAAUAUCAUCAAAAUUGUGACCAAAAUUAGCCUUUUAGCCAGAAACGAGCAGUUUACCCAAGAGGAGUUGGCUAUUGCGUCUGAAUUCCAAAACAAGUUUCACAAAGCGGCAAAAACUGUGAUUUCAUUUUUUGAAGUGGAUUUCAGUUAUGAUCAGAAAUUUUUAACCCAACUUUUGAUUGAGUGUAGGAACUUGCUGAAACAAAUAGUCCAACCACAUCUCACUGAUAAAAGUUUAGGUCGUAUUGAUUUAGUGUUUGGAUUUUUUUCUAAUCCUCCAUUUCUGGAUAUUGUUUUCAAGAAAAAUUCUGAGUACAAUGAAAUAAUGACUAAAAUCAUAUCAGACAUGCAUAGUGCUCUUGAUCAAGGAGAAUUGUAAAAGAUUUCAUAAAGUUUAUUUAUACUAGCUCCAGUGAUUAUGUAUAGUGCCUUCACAAUCCUUUUCUAAUGAAAUCAACCUGUUCUCACUCAAGACUUCCUAUAUGUUGUAUAUGCUCAUUUCAACAUAUAGUAUAAGGCCUUACAUUCCACUAUCCUUUGAUCUUACAUUCAUUUGUAAAUCCAAAAGGACCAGCGUGUCAGUAUCCCUAUUUUCAUUUAUUUAUCUUUGCUUCUGAUGGCGAUGGCGUGGCCUUGAAAUUCAUACCCAUUUUACCUUUUUUUGACCCGUGAGCGUCCCAACUAGUUCUUAUUUGACUUAAAUUUUGAACUGUGUAUCUUACUUUGCUUUUGAUUCCUAUACGAAGUGUUUUCGUAAUACAAAGUACAUCACUUACA